GUGUAACUAGGGGGAGCAUUAUUUGGCAGGAAAUUAGUAAUGGAGAUGGGAAACGCCAUUCCUUUUGACGGACUCUAUUUGUCACGAGUCACGCUGUGAAUGAGCUAGCGGCUAAACGUUUAGCUAGCGAAGUAAUAGUUUUGCCCUCACCUUCACAAUGAGCUUGGACAAACUCUUUCACCAAAUCCUUGUGACUGAACAACAAUUAAGUGAGCAGAUUCAAAAGUUAAAAGAAGUGAAGGCGGCCAUCAUCAGAUGCAACGUGCAGGUGAAAGACGCCACCGCAAAGAACCAGAAGACCUCUGAAGAACUUGACAUGAAGGCUCAGCAGUUGUCCACAAUGACGCUGGAGCGGGACUGGAUGAAUAAAUGUGAAGAACACAUGUCAGAACACAUUGAGGAGCUUCUCUACCAAAAUAGUCACCUCAGUGAACGACUGGCCAGGAUAAAAACAGCCUCUCAAGAUGAGGAGCAAGUCUUCCUGCAGGAGAUCUCCAGCUUCAACAGCAAGUACAGUCUUGGCAGCAGAGAGACCGUGUUGACCAGCCACACUCACACUGAGGUCCUGAACCUGGACAGAGAGGCCGACUCCUUAUAUAAAGAGAUGGAGGAGAUGAGCCGGAGGAACUGUCACACAGGCGCCCUUUAUGAAGAGAAGUGCACUCUCCAGCUUGAACUGCAAGCCCUGAAAAGCAUGAACUCAGAUGUGGAGCAGCAGCUCAGCCGGGCUGAAAAGAUGACAGAAGAUCUGAGGGCCGAGUGCCACCUCGUCAGUCAGAAACCUUUGACUGACAGCGACUGUGUCAGGAUGAGGGAUGAGCUGGCAGAGUACAGAGAAGGAGAACUGGAGCUCCUGCGUGAGGCCCUCAGCUCGGAGUUGCAGCACCUCCAAAGUGAGGUGCAGAGCCGGCAGGGUGGAGAGCAGCGUUAGGAACAUCACUUUUGUGCUGUUUUUGUUUGCUGGCAGCACAGGCAGGGCAGGCCGACAUGUUCUGGCAGAAAUACUGCAGUAGACCUUCCAGCAAGUAUUUGUUUAACCUUUGUGCAACACACGUUUGCUUUGCAGUGGUUAGAGAAGGGUCGUACAAACAGUGUUUAUGAUUUAAAGUGGUCAACGCUCCUGUGCCGUUAAUAUUUCAUAUUUUGUUGCUAUUUAAAAUCUAAAAUCUAAAUCUAAAGCUAGUUAUUUCAUCUUAUUUAAUCUUUUAUACUGAUUGAAUCUCCUAUAUAGUGGACAUAUGAAGCUGUGCUCCCUAGAAAUAACAGAAGUGAUGCAGUCGAAUGCCAUUACAGUGUGUGGUGACAUGCUGCCCUCUAGUGGGCAGAGUGUGGCAUUGCUGUUGGAGGCAAACAGGGUGCUCAGUGAAAAACAAUUGACUUAACAUGGUCACAAUGAUGCAGUGGGGAAAUGAUGUGACCCACUUGGUCCGAGUCCGAGGGAGUGGGGGCUGGAAUAUCACAUUUUUCUAAGCCGCUUGUCCCCACGAAGGAGCCUAUCCCACCUGACUUUGGGCUGGACUGGUUGCCAGCCAAUCAAAAGGCUGCCAGUAUCAUUAACACUAGUUUUAGGGAAUAGUUGCUGCCAAAUUGGUAUCGUUGAUAUCAGUUACUUUUUUUCUGCAACAUAUGAUUCAAUAUUAAUAAAUGCAAUCUUUUCAUUUCAAGCAUGCAAAACCUGCUUAUGGCUUUUUAAAUAAUUAAGUUUUUACAUGAUUAGAGCCCCGUAGACAUGAAGUAACACCCCAUCGUCAUCUUUACACUCCGAUUAUUCUUUGUUUCAUAUUGCUCAGGCUACGGUUAGCUACAGUUAGCAUCUCCAAAUUACUUAUUGUCAAC